CAUGUAACGUACUCUUAGCUGAAGGUGACCACUUCCACUUGUAUCACGAAAAUGUCGACAGUUUUAAAGAUAUUGAUCUUUCUCUCCUCUCUUUCUGUUGUAUUCGGUGCUGGAGCUGGCGGUCUGACGUUUGAGGAGAUCGCACACCGUGUAGCUGCUAACGUCGACGAGGACCAUGACGGGAACCUGACCAUUUCUGAAAUUUUUGAUUCCAUUGUCACUCGAUUCGACCACGACGGAGAUGGUUGUGCGGAAAGAGCAGAGUUCGUGAAGCAGUGGAGUCAUGAUUACCAUGACAACCCCCAUAUUUCCGGCAUCCUGUUCGACCACCUUGAUUUGGAUCAGAACGGUUGUCUGACUAAGAUUGAUAUAGAGUUCAAUUUUAGGGCUAUGGAUAGCCCUCAUGGUGACCACAGUGUAACGGAGGCAGAGUUUGCUGCGUUUUUAUCAGCGGUUCAUCCUAACAGUAAUAAUAAUGGGAAUGGUCUAGUGGGAUGACGAAUAUGGAGCGGUAUUUGAUAUUGAGCAACAUUGAAGAUACA